AUCAUUAAAUAAUAAAGUAAAUAUUGUUCUGUAUUCUAUUAUUUAAUGUAAAUUUUUAAUGUUAUGGAUAGUUUUCCACCAGCCAACUGUCGUUUACAAAUACUAAUUGACGAUCCUUGGCGUCAAGAAAACUUAUCAUUUGACGAAAUAGUGGUUCCCAUCAAAGAAUUACCCGAUCCCGAGGCGGACGCCACUGAUGCUCAUUUGACGCUUACCCAACAGGAUACAAAGUGGACUGACUUAGCUCUUACAAACAUACUUAGUGACAAUCCAUUGCCUCCACCGCCCCGAGUUUGACACAUUCAUCAUGGAAUUUCCAGAU